AUGGAGAGUGCUUUCGCCUCAUCCACCGACAAAGUUCUCUCAACUCUGGGAGUGAACCCUAACACUGGUCUGAGCGACGAGCAGGUUAUUGCAUCAAGAACGAAGCAUGGAAAGAAUGUAAUCCCAGAAGAUCCUCCGACCCCUCUUUGGGAGCUCAUCCUCGAACAAUUCAAGGACCAGCUCGUGAUAAUCCUUCUGGGCUCAGCCGCAGUCUCGUUUGUGCUCGCACUUUUCGAGGAAGAGGAAGGCUGGAGCGCCUUUGUCGACCCAGCAGUGAUCUUGACAAUUCUGAUCCUUAACGCCGUCGUUGGUGUCUCGCAAGAGAGCAGCGCCGAGAAAGCCAUCGCCGCCCUCCAGGAAUACUCUGCCAAUGAAGCCAACGUGAUUCGCAAUGGCCAAGUCUCCCGCGUUAAGGCCGAGGACCUCGUUCCCGGUGACAUUGUCUCCGUCCACAUUGGCGAUCGUAUUCCCGCUGACUGCAGACUGGUCGCCAUUGAGAGCAACAGCUUCGCUGUCGACCAGGCUAUUCUGACUGGAGAAAGUGAGAGCGUUGGCAAGGAUCACACCCAAGUCGUUAAGGAUGAGAAGGCUGUGUUGCAGGACCAGGUCAACAUGUUGUUCUCUGGAACGACUGUUGUUACUGGCCGAGCUAAGGCUGUAGUUGUAUUGACGGGAUCGCAGACGGCUAUUGGUGACAUUCAUGAGAGCAUCACUGCCCAGAUCUCCGAGCCUACUCCCCUCAAGCAGAAACUAAACGACUUUGGUGACAGCCUCGCCAAGGUCAUCACGGUUAUUUGCAUCUUGGUCUGGCUCAUCAACAUCCCGCACUUCAGCGACCCCAGUCACGGUAGUUUCACCAAGGGUGCUAUCUACUAUCUAAAGAUCGCUGUUUCUCUGGGUGUCGCCGCUAUCCCCGAAGGUCUCGCUGUUGUUAUCACAACCUGUUUGGCUCUUGGAACUCGCAAGAUGGCCGCAAAGAAUGCCGUUGUCAGAAGUCUGCCGUCGGUUGAGACUUUGGGAAGCUGCAGCGUUAUCUGCUCCGACAAAACUGGUACCCUCACCACAAACCAGAUGAGCGUGAGCAAGCUGGUCUAUCUUAACGAGGCGGGCACGGACUUGGUUGAACUUGACGUUGAGGGCACAACUUUUGCGCCCAAGGGCUCCAUUACUUUCAACGGCCAGAAAGUUGCCGACCUGACGCAGUCAUCUGCCACCGUCCGACAGAUGACCGAGGUUGCGGCCGUUUGCAACGACUCCAAACUUGCUUAUGAUGCCAGAAGCGGCUCUUAUUCGAACGUUGGAGAGCCUACUGAAGGCGCUCUACGAGUUUUGGUUGAGAAGAUUGGUCCUUGUGCCCCACCGAACAGCAACCCUGAGGACUGCGUGCACUACGCUAGCUCGAAGUAUGAGAAGGACUUCCCCCGUCUCGCUACCUAUGAAUUCUCAAGAGACCGCAAGAGCAUGUCUGUCCUGGUUCAGAAUGGUCAAGAUAAGAAGCUUCUGGUCAAGGGUGCUCCCGAAUCUAUUAUUGAACGUUGCACGCACGCUCUGGUAGGAGCCAAUGGAAAGCGACAACCCCUGGACCGCAAGCUCUCGGAUCUGAUUUCCAAGGAAAUUGUUGACUACGGCAACCGCGGUCUUCGUGUUAUUGCGCUUGCUAGCGUCGACAACGUUGGCAACAACCCUCUGUUGAAGUCAGCCAAGUCUACCGCGCAAUAUGCCCAGAUCGAACAGAACUUGACUUUCCUCGGUCUAGUUGGCAUGCUUGACCCCCCUCGCCCUGAAGUCGCUGCUUCUAUCCGUAAGUGCAAGGAUGCUGGUAUUCGGGUCAUCGUCAUCACUGGAGACAAUCGUAAUACUGCGGAGAGCAUUUGCCGACAGAUUGGUGUUUUUGGCGAGUAUGAGGAUCUCAAGGGCAAGAGCUUCACUGGCAGAGAGUUUGAUAACCUCAGUGAGAGCGAGGCUAUCGAGGCUGCCCGUACCGCAUCUCUUUUCUCUCGUGUUGAGCCCAGCCACAAGUCCAAACUUGUUGACUUGCUUCAGCAGCAGGGAGAGGUUGUAGCCAUGACUGGUGACGGUGUCAACGACGCGCCUGCCCUCAAGAAAGCUGAUAUCGGUGUUGCCAUGGGUUCUGGCACCGAUGUCUCUAAGCUUGCUGCUGAUAUGGUGCUUGCCGACGAUAACUUCGCCACUAUUGAAUCCGCUAUCGAGGAAGGACGAUCCAUCUACAACAACACCCAACAGUUCAUCCGCUAUCUCAUCUCGUCCAACAUCGGCGAAGUUGUCUCUAUCUUCCUGACUGCCGCACUUGGCAUGCCUGAGGCUUUGAUCCCUGUUCAACUUCUCUGGGUGAAUCUGGUCACCGAUGGCCUUCCCGCCACUGCUCUGUCGUUCAACCCUCCGGACCACGACAUCAUGAAGCGUCAGCCCAGAAAGCGCGAUGAGCCCCUCAUUGGCGGCUGGCUCUUCUUCCGCUACCUUGUGAUUGGCACUUAUGUUGGCGUUGCUACUGUUGCCGGCUACGCCUGGUGGUUCAUGUACAAUCCUGCAGGCCCCCAGAUCAGCUUCUCCCACCUCUCCCGCUUCCACCGUUGCUCAAGCGACUUUCCCGAAAUCGGCUGUCAAAUGUUUUCAAACAACUCGGCUAAGUCAGCCUCGACGGUUUCGCUAUCAAUUCUCGUUGUGAUCGAGAUGUUCAACGCCAUGAAUGCCUUGUCUUCUAGCGAGUCGCUUCUGUCCUUGCCUCUCUGGGCCAACAUGAAGCUUGUCUACGCUAUCACACUUUCCAUGGCACUCCACUUUGCUCUUCUCUACACUCCAUUCCUUCAAAGCCUGUUCUCCAUCUUGCCUCUGAACUGGACCGAGUGGAAGGCAGUGUUGUACAUCAGUGCCCCUGUUAUUCUCAUUGACGAAGGCCUCAAAGCUGUUGAGAGAUCGUUCUUCAGUCAGAGGAAGACGAUUGAGUCUUCCAAGGCAAAGAAGGAAGCUUAG